AUGUCGUCUCAGAAGCGGCUGUUGCGGACACAAAUCCGUAAGGUACUGAGUGCGAUUUCGUCGCAGUCAAUCGACCUACAGUCGAAUCUUGUCUGUCAGCGUGUUUUGCAGAUGCCGGAAUGGAAGCAAAGUAAAAACAUUUGUCUGUAUCUGAACAUGCCGAAGGCGGAAUUGCGGACAAACACGCUACUUUCGGCGGCGUUUGAACAAGGAAAACGAGUGUUUAUUCCAAAAUGUUUGGGACCACAUUACAUGGAAAUGUUCGAGUUGGAGUCUCCAAACAUUCAAUUGCUUCCAAAAAACAAUUGGGGUAUACCUGAACCUGCGGGAGACACAGCCAAAGUUAUGGAAAACGGUAUUCACUGCGACCUGAUUAUUGUCCCGGCGCUUGCUUUUGACACGGCAUUCGCGAGACUAGGACACGGAAAAGGCUUUUACGAUGCCUUUCUCCGUCGAUACUCGACUUGGUGCACGGAGAAGUCAAUUCAGUAUCCACUACACAAGGUUGGUAUUUGCCUACAAGAGCAAUGGUUAAGUUCUCGAGUCAUCCCAAUUGAGCCUACAGGAUGUUUCCAUUGGCACAGUUGUCGUACCCUACUGCGGUCCUUCGACAAACCACCUUCUGUCUCCACGUCGGAGCCGAAGAAACAGGCGAGUGCCAAUCCAAAAGUGUGUCCGUCACCAAAUUAA